CACACUUGUGUUGUUGUGGUCCACAUUCCACACACAGACCAAACAGCUCUGAGACUACAAUAGUCGCUCUUUUUCAACUAAAGUUUAGUUUUUACUAAACUGGACGUGUUCGUGUAUCGUCAUGGGGAAAGUUUUUCUUUUCGUUUGUAUCGCUUUACUUCUUCUGAAUGAGACUCAGGCUAAAGAAAAAUUGGCCAAGAAAAAUAACCGCACCAGCGUCGCCAGACCAAGAUUUUUUCAAGGAAAUGCCAUCACAGUUAAUGUACCUCUCCCUCUGAACCGAACAGAACCAAAAACACAUAUCUCACACUCUGCUCCCAUGGUUGCUGUAGAAGUGGAGUUACGUAGCAACAACACGGCAACGUACCUCAGGGGUCAUCUGAGCAAGUGGUUCAUCCCAGCUGUCUACAUCAUAGCCAUCGUCAUUGGGAUUCCCGCCAAUAUCGCCAUUUUGGUUGCUGUUGGAACCAAAGUGAGGAUCAUUUCAUCUGCCAUUUUGUAUUGUAGCUUAGCAGUGUCUGACUUGCUACUGUUGCUUAGCCUGUUGCUAAAGGCACACUAUCACCUCAACGGCAACCAUUGGAUAUUUGGCGAAACCGCUUGCCGCAUCACUACCGGCUGUUUUUAUGGCAACCUCUACUGCUCAGCAUACACGCUAGCCUGGAUUAGCAUCAAGCGCUACAUGGCCAUUGUUCACCCAUUCUUCUAUAAGAGCUUGCCAAAGCGGUCCUUCACUGCAUGGAGUUGCUUAGCAAUUUGGAUUGUAUUUAUUAUAGCCAUUCUACCAGAGAUGAUAGUGAGACAGAGCUACCACAUUGCACACCUUGGAAUCGUCACAUGCCAUGAUGUUCUUCCCACCAAUUUCAACGUCUACCAAUGGCUUGUCUACUACAACCUUGGCGUUACCUGUGUUGGCUUCUUUCUGCCCCUAGUGGUGACAGUAGUGUGUUACACUUCGAUAGUGUGGCACCUGAAUCGCUCACACCGUGACUGGGCCCUCUACAUCAGAGCUAGCACAUUUAACUUCAUUAUCUUCAUUGUUUGUUUUGGCCCAAGUAGCUGCUUUCAUUUUGUGCAUUACAUGCUGCUGUCUACAAGUACGACUGAGAAUUUCUACAUCUACUUUAGUGUGACUGUGUGCCUGUGUUGCCUACAUAGCGCUCUAGAUCCAUUUCUCUUUGUUCUCAUGUCCAGGACUGUUGGAACAAAAUGCUACUUUAUUACAGGCAAAGGACACGCACUUAGUAUUUCUACUUAAAUCUUAAUGAAAACAGGAGCAAACUAGAACUAACAUGGUACUAGUAACACCAAGGUCAUGGGUUUGAUUCCUAGGGAAACACAUAGGCCUAAUGAUAAAAUGCAUAGGUUAACUGUACUGUAAGUUGCUGUUGAAAAAAGUGCAGCCAAAUGUGUAAAUACUAACUGCCUACAUAGGCAGUUGCAAUCUAAAUAAAAGGAACCUCAUAGGGGACUGAUUUUGAAAACUCUACAUACAACAUGAUCACAAGUGAAAUCAACAUGCCACUUCCAAAUGUUCAUAUACCUUGAAAUAGACCCCAUUUUGCCAAAUUACUGACAAUUACCAGCGCCAUCCCCAUCAGAUAUUUUUGGAUCAAUUCAAACAUGUUCACCUUUUCCCGUGGUACUACUAAGAGGGCGUUAUGCAAGCAAUUUCUGGUCCAGAGGAAACCAGGAAGUAAUUGUGUUCACUCUGAGACAUGGGUUCGGGUCCCGUGGAAACCAUAAUGUAAUCCCGUUCACAUAAACAAUGGUAAUCUUGAUUUGGAGGUUGCAUUUUCACUCUAAAAUAACAUUUUUACUCCACUGAUGAUUAGGUUUAUGGUUAGAGUUGGGUAAAGGCUUGAGUAUACUUUGGAUUUCCGCUGAUCGUUCCACACACAGUAUGCGUGACGCAAAUUUCGUCAUUAGCACAGCCUGAGCGUGGCCCAGAUUUUCUCGAAACGCGGGCAGUCCUCAUCUGUGUGCAUCAUUGGUGCAUGCACCUGCUGCUGACUGUACUACAAGAGUAUAACAAAGCAGUUGAAGUGUGCAUGCGUCAAACGUUUGUAUUCGCUCGCAUUCAAAAGAGUUUACUUUGAAAGGCAACGUGGUCGAAAGGGCACGAUCCGAUCUAGAACGCAGUAUACCCGAGUUUUAAAAAAUUGCAUUCUUGUUUACUGUAUUACUACAUUUACAAAUAAAAAUGUAACUCGCUUUUGGUGCCACCCUGUGGACAUUUCUCCUCAACAACAAUUCCAGCUUCAGCCACUGGGGGCAGUGUUUUGAAUUUCGGUAAUCACAGACUGAUUUCAAGAGCCGAACUUUUGGUCUCAUGUUGCUGAAUUCACAGUGUGAUCAGUCACCAACAUAGGCAGCAACCUUGAGCGGUAUGUGCACCACACAAAAUAGUGCUCACAAUUGACAUAGCUCACAAUAGGGUGUUGCUAAGUUAAAACCCAAUAGUCUAAUAAGUAUAAAAUUACACAACACACAAAUAUUGGGUAAAAUUGUUCAUUUUUAAUUAAAUGUCUUUAGGUUGUGAUCUUCUAAGCCUAGUUUUUCUAGUUUUAAGAAGAGGAGACAUUUUUUUAAAGAUCCAGCCAGUUCUGGUUGAUCUGGUUUGAAUUGGUUGGACAGAACCUGCACCUCUUAUACUGAAUACAAAUGGAGAGACAUUUGAAUGGCCUUGAAAGAAAAGGUUGUAAUAUACUGCCUGGAUUGUGUUCAGUGUGUGCGUAUGUCUGUCUGUGAACAAGAAAGUGUUAUGUAAAGCCUUGUUGACCAAGGCGAAUCUUGUAUCUACAUGCUUAUACAGAGAAUCAUUUAAAUGCUUUUGAUAAUCCAUAUAUUUAAACAUAUCUGUGUUCAAAGCAUAGCAUAAUCAUUAAAACAAAUAAUAAAACAAAGAUUACACCUUGUCUCUUGUUAGUUCCAGUAAACUUGACUGAAUUUAUGUUUCUUGUUAUCUCAAAAACCUUUUGAUGUAGAGGGUAAUUCUUGAAUCCUUAAAGUUAUUUUUGCAGACAAAUAGGCCUAUAAAUUGUGACUACUUAUGAAUUUCUUUACAAAAUUAAAAUUUCUGGCUUUAUAAUUUUUUUAAGGGAUGAGACGUGGCUGGAUGAGGAAGACAGAUUUGUUUUGUCUAACAUUUGUUAGUCAUUGCAGAAUGUCCCAACUAUUUCAUAGUUUAGAGAAAAACAGACAUGCAGUAUGGUUUCAUUUUCAAGAUUGAGAAACUCACCUGGCUUCAAAACAAAAGUGCCAGUGGGCUGUGACUAACUAGAUACAUUAUUUCUCCCUCCCUCUCUCUCUUUCUCUCUCUCUCUCUCACACACACACACACACACACACUGCUUGAUGUUGACAAUUCAUAGCAAAUGUCAAGUGUUGUGUCUGGUAGCCUAGUUAAUCUACCUCUUCCUUAAACGUCUUUUUUUUCUGUUUAUAGUCAUGGUUGCCAAAUAUGUAUUACUGUGCAUGCCAUGCAACGUUGUACUGAUAUUCCUAAAAUAAAGUUUUCUAUUUAUUUAGCCUAAA